AUGUUGCUACUGACAGACCACACCAACCUCGACUCGCUCGUUUCCAACAACACUUUCGCCACAUAUAUGAAGAAGCUCAGGACCGACAACUUCCGAGGGGCGCACCCCGCCACCAGCACCAUCGCCUCUAUCCUUGCGCCUCUAUCCUUGAGCUCUACCGCCAAACAGCUCACGGCCAUUGUAGAGUCUUUUCUCUCUCACGCACACUCGAUCCAAUCAUGGUGGCAGAUGAUGACGACGGAGGUGGGGAUGACACUGACCCUGGGGCCAAAGAUUGGCCCUGUCGAUAUCGUGCUCGACUACAUCAUCGCGAUGUUGCUAUUGCAUGUGAACGUGAUCACGCCAGAGAUCGUGGUUGAAGACGGCCUGGGGACACUUUCCCUGGAAAAACCCAUCGCACAAGAGAGAAAGGCCAUCCUCCACAAAAUGAUGCAGCAAGCGAAUGCUCAAGCAGAGACGCAGACAACCAGGGCAAUAAUGGCAACGGUGAUGGAGGUGGUCCAGCCCGAUGCACCUCGCGCGUUCUACAUCAAGAACCUCAUCGGUGGAGGCCAGUGCUUGCUGGGCAAGGAAGCAGCGAUUGGUGGCGACAAAUUUGAUUGCCGCACAUGUUACUCUUCGAUGACGACCUCGAGGGCGGCUCCAUUACAUCUGUCUCUGUGGAACGUCAAGACCGGGCAGCUCAUCCAGAAGUGGCAGACCUACAACGACAACGUCUGGUCCGUCGCCUUCUCGCACAGUGGCACCCAGAUCGCAUCGGCCUCCGGCGAUAGAGCCAUCAUCCUCUGGGACCCGCAUUCCCUCCACAAAGAUGGCGAAGUCGGACGGCUCGAGGGGCACAAGCUCGAUGCCUGGCAGGUUGCCUACAGCCUCAACAGCAGCAAGCUCACGUCUGGCUCCGUAGACAGCACUGUUAGAGUGUGGGACUCGCAGGAGAAGCGACUCCUGCUCACGCUCCAGGGACACACGGCGCAAGUCGUGUUCGUCGCAUUCACAGGUGACAGCAAGCGGAUUGUGUCGUGUGGCGACUCGCGUGGGAUCAUCUGGGAUGCCGACUUUGGCCCAUGCGGACAAUGGGUCAUCAUCAGCAGCGAGGACCACAGCACACGGAUCUGGGACAUGAACACCGGCCAGGAGCUGAUGGGGAUCUACGAGCACACUGGCUCGAUCUGGGCCGUGUUGUUCUCGCCAGACGACAGCGAGGUCGUGACCGACUCGUACGGCUCGACGCUGACAACGAACAACUCAUCGUCUCUAUCGACUGAGGCAUUGCGUGAAGCAUGCACAGGACUGCAGAACGUCUUCCCGAGCGCGGAGAUACUCCCACCUGAGCGCUUACUUGCGGACGUGCACGCGGAGCAUGAGGGCAAGGAGGUGCGGCUUGCGAGAAUGCACUAUUACUUCAUACCGUUUAGUGUCGGCACGUGGCUGUGCGACGAGCAGAAGUCCGGAGCCUCGAAGUCGGCGCGGUCAAGCAUCGAGUGGGAGUUCGCAGCAGGAUAA